AUGCGUUCCUGGAUUGCCACGGGUAACAACUUGUUAAAUGCUCAUGAUAUAAAAGAAGGGAUGAAACAUGCCGGUGGAAUCAAAAAUACUAAAGUAGCGGUAGCAGAGAUUAUACCAGGUGCUGGCAUAAGAGCUGAUCGUGAAUACUAUGAUUUAUUAUUUUGUCCUGUUACUGGUUGCACAGCUACUUUCAAAUCAAACAUCGAGCUGGAUGUACACAUUGCGACUGAUCUGCAUACUUUUGCAGAUGAUGAAACACGGACAACAAAUGAUAUAGCACGAAUUCAUUUAACGAAAAUUUUACGAUCAACAUCGACGCGAUCCCGCUCACAAUCUGAAGCUAUUCUACAGCAUCAAAAUACUACUGCGUACGAUCCAUCAACAUCUUUUCAUUAUCGAUUCUUGUCGACUUGUGGUUAG